AUGCACUGCGGUGACAUUCGACUGCCGACUGUGCCGAACAAACUAAUAAAGUAUUUAUUUACUUUUUUCAGCUCCCGCAACGGAUCCAUCCGCGUCCUUUCAUUUAAGGUUGCAAUACUUCUACUCCUGGAUGCUAGUCUUGAAGACAAAUAUCAAUACAUAUUCAGUCUGGUCGCUAACCGCGACAACGAACUGGAUGAAUCCAGACUGUGGCUCCUGAUAUACGAAUGCAUGCAACUGCCUCGUCAAUUAGGUGAGGGCAUAACCAGUAGCAGUCUGGAACCCACCGUCCGCUCCUGUUUUAAGAAGGUAACUGUUUCUUCCGCUUUACCUGUUUGCCUCGGCUGUUUUUAA